AUGGAGUUGCAACUGAAACUUGCACUUUCGAGCAAUUUAAAUGAAGGGUUCGACCUUAAUAAUCACAAUGAAGAACAAGAAUAUGGAGAAGAUUACAGAUCGAUGAAGAAAAAACGAAGUUUCGAUGAAACAUUUGAGGAAAUCAAGAAUGUACAAGUCCCUCAAACAUUACCAUUGUUGGAUCAUAUUGAUCUUCCUGAUGAGGAAGAUGGGAUUGUGGGCUGGCCACCGAUUAACUCUAGGAGGAUGAAGAUUUGCCACCACCAACACAACCGCCGUGGCUGCACCACCCCCACGAACUAUAUGGCAGUCAAGAAUGGUUGCGGCACCGACGGCAGUAGAUCAAAUUCCACGUACGUUAAAGUGAAGAUGGAAGGAAUUGGGAUAGCAAGAAAGAUAGACUUAAGCCGCCACCAUUCUUAUCAAGCGCUAAUUGACACCUUGAUGGCCAUAUUCGGCAAUGCAAAAGUGCAGGGCUACAAGCUUGCAUAUCAAGAUAAAGAAGGUGAUUGGCUGCUUGCUGGAGAUAUGCCAUGGGAAACUUUUAUCAACUCAGUGCAGCGUCUAAAAUUGUCAAGGAAUGGCCAUUGGUUCCAUGGCGGAUAG